UAAAUACUCUGUUGCUGCUCAGACGCUGCACACCGACUGAAGUCUUUGAGCUGUCGUCAUCAUGACCAACUUCGACGAUAUUCUGGAAGAAACCGGCAAAUUCGGCUGGUUCCAGAAACGCAUUUUCAUUAUAUUGUCUCUAGUCUCUGUGCCGCUCGCUGGAGUCUACGUUGGUGUCGUGUUUCUGGGCUUCACGCCCAAGCACUGGUGCCAUAAUCCCAUGGUGAAGCAGAUCCAGAUGCACUGUGACUGGAGUGUCGAGAAGGCAGUCAGGCUUAUGAUACCGUCUCAGAACAAGUCUGCUGAAGUGGUGCACAGUCAGUGCGAGAGGUUUGAUGUGGAGUGGAACAUCACGGAUCUCAGCUGUGAUGACUGGGAUGGUGAGAUCAGCGAGGCAACGCGUGCUUCUUUGCCCAUGAGUUCCUGCAAGGAUGGCUGGGACUACGAUUAUGAGGGAAGAGAGUCCUUCGUCACUGAGUUCAAUAUGGUGUGUGAUGACGCUUGGUUAUUAGACAUGUGCCAGGCAUCGCUCUCUCUUGGCUUUUUAGUAGGCAGCAUUGCCAUCGGAUACUUUGCCGACAGGUUUGGUCGAAAAUCAACUUUCCUGGUGACGUGUCUACUGAACACUGUUUCAGGAAUUCUAGUGGCAGUUUCUCCCAAUUAUAUCUCCCUGCUGGUGUUUAGAGCACUGUACGGUUUUGGGUCUAAGGCUGGCUGGAUGGUGGCAUUUGUUCUAAUUACAGAGCUGGUGGGAGUGGAGUACAGGAGGCCAGUAGCUGUGUACUUUCAGAUGCUCUUCAGCACCGGGAUCCUCAUCCUGCCCCUCGUAGCCUACCUCAUCAGUAACUGGCGUUGGCUGCAGGUUGCCAUCACAGCUCCAUACCUCUUCUUCCUGUCUUACUAUUGGUUUAUUCCAGAAUCCCCAAGAUGGCUUCUCUCCCAAAACCAGUCAAGUAAAGCUGUGGAAAUCACAAAGAAGAUGGCCAAAGAGAACAAGAAGACACUGUCCAAAAACAUUGAAACACUGGAGGACGACACCCCUGAUCUUGCUGCUGCCUCAUUCAUGGAUUUGAUCCGGACCCCCAAUAUGAGAAAGCACACCUUCAUCCUUAGCUACAAUUGGUUCACUAGUGCUGUGGUUUAUCAGGGUCUGGUCAUGCGUCUGGGGAUCCUGGGUGGAAAUGUCUAUAUUGACUUCCUCAUUUCUGGCUUGGUGGAAUUCCCGGCUGCCUUCCUUAUCCUCUUUACAAUCGACCGUAUCGGACGGCGGCUGCCAUUUGCAGCAGCCAAUAUUAUCUCUGGAGCUGCCUGCCUUAUAACGGCUUUCAUUCCGGAAAAUUUUUUCUGGUUUAAAACAGUUGUGGCUUGCAUUGGGAGACUGGGAAUCACUAUGGCUUUUGAAAUGGUGGUGUUCGUAAACACUGAACUGUACCCAACCUUUAUUAGGAACUUGGGUAUUUCCAUGUGCUCCACUUUAUGUGAUAUCGGAGGGAUUGUAGCACCGUUCCUGCUUUACAGACUUGCAGUCAUCUGGCUGGAACUACCGCUUAUCAUAUUUGGAAUCCUGGCAGUGAUAGCAGGUGGUUUAGUGCUGCUGCUUCCUGAGACCAGAGGCGUACCUCUUCCAGAGACCAUCGAUGAUAUUGAAUCCCCACACAGAAACAAAGAGGACAUGAAGAAUAGUCACCAGAUGGAGAAUCUACUGCACCCAGACGUGACGAAUAAUAAAGAAACUACAACAAUCUGAGUGGAACAUUUUGGCUGGAACAAACGUAAAUGGUGAAUCUGUGACACCUGGUCAAGAGUUGUUGUGAUGGAUGGGCUACAUGUCUUCUGUCCAGGACUGUCCUCUGUCAUCAUAUCCUGUACACUAGAGGGUGCUGUUUAUAAUGAGUAAAAUGCAAUACAUGUUUGAACUAAGAGGAUCCUCAAGCUGAAUAUGUACUGUAGUGGUUUGGAAGUGCUUUGAAACUCAACUGGUGAACAGAUUUAUAUAUUUGUUUGUUUGUUUCAUUAUUAUUAUUAUUAUUAUUAUUAUUAUUAUUAUUGUAACAUGCCCCUUUUGACUAUUUCUGAUGAUGAAGAAACAUUUCUAGAUGUCUAGCUGCUGUAAAUGAAAUUUCUCUGUUGUAAGGGUGUGCAAACUUUUGCAUUGUUGAGGCAACCUAUCAAAAUGAUCCUAUAUAAACAGAUCCCCAUGUGUUUCUAGACAAAGUUGGGUAUAAAUGUUUUUAUAGACCGAACUGAAUAAAAGAUCCCCACUAUAUUUCACAACUGAUUUGCAUUUAGUAACGCCCACAAAUCUCCAUAAAAGGUAAAGCACACAAAGAGCUUAAAAUAGUGACAAGAGGGUUUCCUUAUCAGGUGUUAGAGUUAUUAUUUUUUCAAUAUAAAAUAAGUUAAUUUCAAUCUCUCCCUCUUGGAUCUGAUAUAAACGUAUUAAAUCUUCCAUGCUAUGACCUUCCUGUCUACUGUUGGAUUUGAUAUUAACGUGCUAACGCUCCCACGCUCUCUCUCUCUCUCUCUCGCGCUCUCCGUCUGCUGAGUUAAUACUUAUUGCUUCGUCUCCAUACAGACAUCUAUACAACUUCCACUCAUUUUUCACAGUUUCACCAGGACAUGUUGAAAGGGUUUAUGCUCUUUGAAGUUACAGAUGUAAAAGACACCAAACAUACAAUAUAAACACGCUGUCUUUUGCUGUUAAUAAUUAGAGACCUUUCUGACAGACAACGUGUCUGCACAUUUUACAGUGUCUCUCCUGGUGUCAGUAAGUUUAUCCAAGCACAGACCAAGAGACUCGUUCAUUUAUUUACAAUGUUUUAAACUUUACAUCAAGCCAUGCAAUAGAGCUUCCAAUAAUGCAGCUCAGCAACCGCAGCUAAUCAAGCACAACAAUUCAUGGGCUGUAUAAAAAGAACAGGAAAAACCCUCCAGGAUAUCACCCAUAGGUCUGCUGAAGUGCAGUUUUGAGGCUCAAAUGAGAAUGUCCUUGUUAUCGCCAUCAAUCACACACAAGCUAGUGAGCUUAGCUUUAGCUUAGCUAAAAUGCUAUAGUGGCUAACAUUCACCUACAUGCUAAUGCAUUAGAUUGAACUCUACUCAUUCAUCCAUACCCUACACGUCAUCCUAUGUUAACCUCUACGUUGCUUGUGGUAAGUUAACGUACAAUGAUUCCAGUUAGCUGGUUAGCAAUGCAGCUGUUACUCAAAUUGGCCACACCCCUAAUUAUGCAAAACUUACUAUAAUGUUAACUAAUUAAUUUAAUAAAAAUUCAACCUGUAAGGUUGUCAUGAAUGAGAAAUCUAGCGGUAGAAUCUAAAACCCUUUUUUUGUAUCAAUUUGUAAAAAUGUUUAUUUUUGUGGUACAUUUUAAUGCGGGGCUUUAUGAAGAUCGACUCAUUUUUGGAGUCAGCCCCCAGUGAAGAUUCGAGGAACUGCAUGCUUCGGACGAAUUUCUUUUACACUAAAUCUAACUCUAACUCCUCUAACGCCAUGACGUUCAUCAAACAGUAACUAAUUAUAUGAUUUGAAUCUUAUUUCAUUAGUGAGUCUUCUUUGAUGUUGUUGCACCAAACUUCUGUUAAGGCCCAAAUUAAUAAAUUUGUUCACGUAGUUCA